AUGUCUGGCAAAGACUCAGUGGACUAUGAGGCAUACUGGAUCAGCCGUUUUUGGGUGCCGUUGGACGCAGACGGGUACGACAUCCUGAACCGCCGGACCGCGAUGCGCGCACGACACCGCCACCGGUACUGGACCAAGGCGGGGUACUUAUUGCGCGCGAAACCCGGUCGGCCGGGAUUUAGUCCUGAGUCUUGGACCUUGAUUGGAGGGAAUUUAGACAAAGAGGGGUCACUCACGAAAGCUAGACCCGUGUACAUUCCCGUGUUGGCGACAGCCAAGUAUCUGAAGGGGCAAUUAUCGCCCUUGAAGUGCAAUUUUGAGGCGUAUGACGUGCUGCAUCGGUCGAUCCCAACAAAGUCCUGGAAGAGACUAAGAACAUUGAGUCCCCAAAGCUUCAACCGCUGUGCACUUGCUUAUGUGGAACUCGGCGCAAUACUCAACCUGUACUUCGACGCCCCCUGCGGCACCGUUGCUCAAGAAGUCAGGUCCUGGUUGCAAAAGAAAAUCGGCACUCGCUCGAAAGGCGAAAAAGGCAAGCUCCGCCACUGGAUCACAGGCUGUCUGUUGCAACAUGCUCAGGUACCGACCCAGCCGCUGGUCACUCUCUGUGUCAAUCAACUCGGGUACACGCCCGGCAGAACACGCUACCAAAUCGCAGAACACGAUGAAGAAACCAGGGUCACGCGUCUCCAGUUUCUCCAAGGGAAUCUAGUGCCGUACCGCCACAAGCACGACAACCCUGCCUCUGCCCUGCAGCAGACCUUGUCACAGUUACCCGUGGCGUCCCUUGAUGAAUACUCGGAUCUCACUGCAGAAACGAUUCACAACUUCCUUAUUGGUCGCCAACGAGCCGUAGUCCCCCUGGUCGUAGUCCCCCAAGUGGCAUCUCCGGUAGUAGCCUCUCAGGUCGCCAGCUCUCAAGUGGGGCUCUCGCAGGUCCCUCAAGUGGCCUCUCAGGAGGCCUCUCAGGAGGCCUCUCAGGAGGCCUCUCAGGUCGUCAAUACUCAGGACGCCAAGCCCGAGUUAGCAGCUGCCGCAGAGGCAAGUUCACUGGGCCAGGAAGUUUGGGACCAGGCGUUAGAUGAAUGUCUCUCGACCGCGGCAGUCCACGACGAAGACGCCCACGAAGAGUUGGCAGCAGCUUGGGGACCGACGACGAACACUUGGACACCGGCGACAAACACUUGGGGACCGACGAUGAACACUUGGACACCGACGACGAACACUUGGACACCGAUGACGAAUACUUGGGGACCGACGGUCGGGUGGGGCACCCACUUGCUGGAUGGUCCCCGUCGACUUGAGGCGGAUGAGGAAUUCACGUUCAACCACUCAAUUCAGAAAAGAACAAUGUCGCAAGAACCUUCCGCAACCGCGAGGAAGAGGUUUGCACCUGAUCGUUCACUUGCCACCCCACCGCCCCAGACCCAGCGGUUUGGCCUCCAGCUAAGUAUAAUAUGCGACCUGGCCCCUCCUGCUACCGCCCUCUUGCCGCCGGCUAUGCUGCCGCCGGCUGCCCAGGACAUACAAUCGCAGACAAGUUCUCUCCAGACGGUGGGUGCAGUUAAUUCGAGCAUGCCGGGAGGGAGUACGUGGGCGGCAUAG